AAUGAUUAUGAAUAUUUGUGUGGCAAUAAAUGUUGCAGAUAUUUAAAUAACUGGAUAUACUAUGUAUCAAAGAAACACCAUUUGCGUAAAUUCAUUAUCAGUCUUAUUAUAUCAGAAUCUAUAGAUAAAUAUUCUGGCCCUAACCCCCAAAUAUCAUGUAUUGAUUAUAAAUAUGAGGAAAAAUAUAAGGAACCUGAAAAAAUAAUUAAAUUAUUAAAUUUUCAAGAUAAUAUUCAGAUUAUUUUGGAGACAUUAUUAGAUAAAGUUGAUUCAAUAAGCUGUCCUGCGCAAAUAUAUUUAUACGAAUGUAUUAAUAUAUAUAGAGAAUUGGAUCAGAAUUAUUGUUCUAAUCCGGAAGAAAUGAAUGAAGAGAACAAAAGCAUUUGUGAAAUAUUACAUAAAUUUAAGACAUCAUAUACGGAAAAUCUUUAUAAUAAAAAAGGAAUAUAA